AAGCAGCAAACCCAUUCGGCGCAAGCAAUAUUUUUAUCCGCUUAAAGAGCUCGGAGGUUUUUAUCAUCAUGGACUAUGUCGAUCAACUUAAUGCCUUUUGUAUGACUGUUUAUUUGUAUAAUUACACGGCGGAGUUCGUCUCUGCUCUUUCCGUCGCGUGAAUUAUUUUAAGUUAUCUGUUAUAUUUUUGUUUUUAUUCCCGCGAGAGAAGCGCAUGCAACCUUCCACUGCUCUCUGCAAUUCACGUCAAAAAACAAAACUGAGCUGUCAUCUCAUCGCUGCAAGUGCAAGAGCAUGGCUCCGGCCUGGCCCCAGUCUCACCUGUCCUGUGCGAACCCGACCAGCGUCUCGAGCAUCACACAUCAGCACGCCGCCAGUGAAGCCUGCUGAACGGGGACUGCGUUGUGAGCCAUGCUGUCGGGCACUUGGCGCCGCUCUGUGGGGCAUCAGCCGUCUUCCGCUGCCCCUGUGGUGACCACCAGGGGGAUGACAGUGUGUGGGGUCCCCAGCGGUACAGUGGUCCUCGAGGCCCAGUACGACUACAACUACCGCGGUGCCGAUGGCCGCCAGGUCUGCAUUAGGGAGGGCGAACGGUUUAUUCUUCUGAAGAAGACCAAUGCCGAUUGGUGGCAGGUGCGAAGGAUUGGGGCAGCUAGUAAAACAAAGCCAUUGUAUGUACCUGCUACAUAUGUGACAGAGGUGCCUAUUGCACCCAUACCGUCGCCACAGCGCCUGGUUAUGUCUGCCUCGCUGAGCUCCAACCUCAGGAUAUUGCCACGGGUGUCACUCUCUCCCAGCCCAACAGGGCCCAGCUCUAAUGAACGGCAUCAAGUGAACAAACACAUUUGCCGCUCCAUGGAAAACCUCAACUCCAAUAGUGCCUUCCGGGGGCUGGACAACAAAACCAGCAUCACAGGCGGAGGGGCGCCCCUCUCUGGAUUCUCCUUUACACCCAACUCUCCCACCUCCCUGUCAGGCCACCUCAUGGUCCCUGGGUCGCCGGCAGCCUCCACUCCCCAAACAGCACCGCCGAACCCCAGGGUGGUCCCCAUGAUUACGCGGAGCCAGAGUUCCAGCAACCUGCCUGAAAACCUGACGGAGAACCCGUACGACGAGGUGGGCGGCGGCUUCAGCAGUCGCGUCCACCACAGGAUCCGCAAGAAAUCCUGUAGCCAGUGGGACAUGGUGGGGGCGUCCGGCAAGACCAACCAUCUGCAGGUCCCAACAGAGUCCUAUGUGGCACAACUGUCCUGGCAAGACUCUCCUCUCUACACCGAAAGCAUGAAGCCAGAGAAACAUCUCCUGCAGCCGGACCCACCCUGUCCUGCUCCAGGUCAAAAGCCUCUUCAGGUCAAGGACCUGUGGGAGCAGUACUCAGACCCAGCUACAGGUAGACUCUACUACGUCAACACCAUCACCAAGGAGAGGUCCUGGAAACCCCCUCGCAGGGCUCGUGGUCCCGCCAACCAGAGCAACACAGUUCAACCUCAGACAUUACCCAGGGAAACCAGCCACCUGUCACUGCCGUUCCCUGACGCUGGCAAUGGAACCGUGCACAGGCUGUCACCUGAUUUCGUCUUCGGGAGCCACCAGAGGACAACAGACUGUGGCUGGCAGAUGAAACAGAGCAUGCAGCGUGCAGCCUCCUCUGACACCCUGAGCAUGAGGGCGUUCAGCAGUGCAGAUGCCCGGUGCCAUAACUCUUCCUCCAUGCAUGAUGUCAAGCAGCAGCUCAGCCACUCCCAAUCUAUGAUCCUGCCUGAGAAUGGCAAGCUGGUCCAGCAGUGCAGAGAUUACUCCUGCAACGUGACCAACAUCGUGGUGGAGCCUCCAUCUCCUGAGAGCUCGCCAGACGGCGAAGGCUGCACGCCGGAGUUGGAGAAAGCCGGCCUCUUGAACAAGACGAAGAUUGCAGAGGGAGGCCGGAAACUCAGGAAAAACUGGAGUCCGUCCUGGGUAGUGUUGGUCGGGAACAGUCUGGUUUUCUUCAAAGAUCCUAAAUCACAGACACCUUCCAGCUGGAAACCAGGAAACAGUCGCCCUGAGAGCAGUGUGGAUUUAAGAGGUGCACAGCUGCACUGGGCCAAUCAGCUGUCCAGCAAGAAAAACGUCUUCAAGCUGAGGACAGUGACAGGAAAUGAGUUCCUGCUGCAGUCAGAGACUGACUCUCUGAUCAAAGAGUGGUACAACACCAUCCAGAACGUCAUCGACAGACUGGACCGUGAGAACCCACUGGACAACGUCCUCCUGUACUCUCUGAGGAGAGCCGGCAGCGUGGAGAUGCUGGACCACAGUGGAGAUGAGGAUGAUAGGAGAACGACACUCCCCCGCUCGUCAUCCAACCUGGAAAACACAGAGAGGAAAAGAGUGAAGACCCGGCUGAAGAAGCUGAUCCUGAAGAGACCUCCUCUGCAGGCUUUGCAGGAAAAAGGCCUCAUUAAAGAUCAGGUGUUUGGCUGCCGCCUGGAUAUGCUCUGCGAGCGAGAGAAGAGCACCGUCCCUCGCUUCGUCCGACUCUGUACUGAGGCUGUGGAGAGGAAAGGACUGGACACUGAUGGUAUCUACAGAGUCUCAGGAAACCUGGCGGUGAUUCAGAAACUGCGCUUCUUGGUGAACCACGAGCGAGCAGUGACUACUGACGGCCGUUACAUGUUCCCACUGGAGUUGGUACAAGAGGAGAAGCUGAAUUUGGACGCGAGCGAGUGGCAGGACAUCCAUGUCAUCACGGGAGCUUUGAAACUUUUCUUCCGGGAGCUGCCCGAGCCUCUGGUCCCCUUCGGCUUCUUCACAGACAUCGUGGAGACAGUCAAGAUGUCAGACUACAUGGACAAAGUGGAUCGUUUGAAGUGUCUGGUGCUUAACAUGCCUCCCCCGAACCACGAUACGCUGCUGUUCAUGUGCCGCCAUCUCAAACGAGUUUUGGAACAUUCAGAUAUCAACAGAAUGACCACACAGAACAUUGGCAUUGUGUUUGGGCCGACGCUCAUGCGUCCAGAGAGGGACAACGGCAACAUGGCGGUGAAUAUGGUUUACCAGAACCAGGCGGUGGAGCUCAUCCUCAGCGAGUUUGACCACAUCUUUGGAACAAGAGGCCCCCCUUGAUCCUUUCGGACUGGAUUGGGGGGGUUCAAAAGGCUCCUCCAGAUCAGACGAAAGCGCAAGUAGUGCAGCGUUUGGCCUUUUUGCCUGUUACUCAUAUGGUGUAAAAUGGAUUUCACAUCAAAAGAUAAUUAUGGGGUAAAAAGAACCAGGACAGAAAGCUGCUAAUCAUGACAUCUGGCCUCCAUAUAAAGCCAUGUGAAAACAAUAAUAGUAAAACAAGCGAAGUUUAGCUGCAAUACUUGUGCCUUUGACUGCAAAUGUGGAGCCCAGCCCCGGUGUUCUUCGCUGUGUGAACUGACGCCUCACUUACCCGUAAUGGUUCAGACUUGAUCAUGAUGAAUAAAAAGCUAUAAAAGUGAUAUAUCUCCUCCAGCCUGUUCAGCUAGCUUUGUAUUGAUCUGUUGAUUGUCAAAGAUUGUGAGGAAGAAUGCUUUUUAACAUAGCACUGAAAGCAGAACCAUUUCACUGUGAAAACAGCUGCAAACCUCUUGCAGGCAGGUUAGACAGAUGCCACCUGCAGGUACACUGUAAAUUAUGCAAACAAGCAGAGGGAAAGCUGGCCAUGUAAAGGAUUGCAUCUCCACUCAAGUUAUACCGUGUUGAGAAGAAGAGUUUGCAGGUUCAUUUGAGAGAACUCUUCAAAGAUCAUCAGCAAUGGGGCAACUUUGUGCCAACAGGGCAGCAAAUGUCCCUUUGUACCAAAUAGUUCUCUGUUGUAUUUGUACCCUCAGAGUUUCCCAACGUUGUACAAUUUGAGACCUGUCUUCUAUUUUUAUCAGUGCAAACUUCUCAGAUUAGGUUGAAAAUGUGAAGUUGUAAAUAUGUGACAUAGUGUGUUUGUCGACUUGUAGCACUUUGCAUACAGUAUGUAACCUAAACAUAAUAUAUUAGCCAAAUUCAAAUGGAUACAUUUGCAUUGAGAAGAGCCUUGUGCUGUUAAAAUGUUACUUGGACCUGAUUGUCAACUCUCCUGCAAUAAAAACAGAAGAAAAUCUGAACAAAAUGA